AUGGCACCUCCUCGUAGGACUUCGCAAUCGUCCCAGGGUGACGUGCUCGAUAUCGCCAGGGCUAUCGAGGCAAUGGUAGCUGCCAUGACGCAGCAAAGUACAACGAUGAUGCAGCAGCACGAGUUCAACGAGAAGACGAGCCCUGACACAACAGAUCAGUGGUUGAAGGAUCUAGAGAGGAUCUUUGAUGCAAAAACAUGUCCAGCGGAGAACAGGUUGGCUUUCACAGUGUACAUGCUCAUUAGGGAGGUCGAACAUUGGUGGACCAGCACCAAAUCUAUCAUGGAGGAGAGGGGAGAGCCAGUCACUUGGGAGGCCUUCCAGGGAAAGUUCCUCUCAGAGUAUUUCCCUGACAGCGACAGAUACGCCAAGGAGGUGGAAUUCCUCCAGCUCACACAGGGAGGGAAGUCAUGGAGAUGUCGCAAGUUCGAGAAUGGACUCCGCGGUGACAUUCGCUUGAUGGUGGCACCCUUGUCCAUCAAGGAUUUUGCCGCUCUGGUGGAGAAGACCAGGGUAAUGGAGAAGAUGAAGAAUGAGGUAGAGGGUCAGCGGCCUCAGAAGAUUGGUGGACCAUCUGGGUCCAAGCCCAGACAAGAUGAGCGGAGGAGAACGUAUGACAGACCUCCUCAUCAGCCUCAGGGGUCUAGGGGUCUUCCUCCCCAGCAGGGUCGAGUGCAGUGCUAUAUAUGUGGGGGCCCUCAUCUGAGGAGUGCCUGCCCGCGUAUGGAGGGUUACCGUCGGUGCAACAAUUGUGGCAAGGAAGGCCACUUUGGGAAGGAUUGUCCCAACCUUGCCAGGGCAGCAACAUGCCUUCCAGUUCAGACUCCCCAUCAGCAUCAAAGGAGGGACAAAGGCAACAGGCCUCAGGCGACAGGCAGGGUGUAUGUUAAGAUAGAAGCAUAG